AUGAAAGGUGGAAUAUUGGAGGUUUAUCUUGAGAGUGCCAACGGCAUUAGGCGCACCAAUAUCAUUGGUAAACCAAAGUAUUAUGUCAUUGUUGAAUGUGGUAUUCAACAUCAUAAAAGCAAAACAUCAAAGGGGAGUCAUCACAAAGUAUCUUGGAAUGAGAAACUCACAUUUGAGUUGUCGAUGUAUGAAUGCGAGAAGCUAACACACCUGGGGUUGAGAAUUAUGGAUAAAGAGUUAUUUCACAACGAUACUGGAUUUGUCGGCGAAGCAAGAGUUUACCUUGAUGAAAUACUCGUCGAGGGAACUGAAAAAGGACUCGUUGAAUUAACACCAAAGGCAUACAAUGUGGUCCUUGACGAUGAAACGUAUAAAGGAGAGAUCAAAAUUGGACUCAAGUUCAUCCCAAAUGCAGUUAUUAAGGAUGGGGGAAAAGAUCUUAUUACUAUGGAAAGUGGUUAUGAGGAGACGGUAUGGAGCAAGUUUGUGGACUUCUGUAAAAUGUCAUGGUGGAGACUUUCUGUUUAUGGUAGAAAACUUAAUCCGGAUGAGCAUAAACGUAAUUAG